AGUAGUUAAUUAUAAGCUGAGAGCCCUGGAAGCAGUUUGCGAUCUAGUGUUGGUUGAGUAUAUCUUUCAUCACGGUCACCUUGAGAAGAUUUUCGAAGAACAAGCACGCACUGUUGAGAUCAAUUUAUCACGAAUAUACAUAUCGACUGUUUUGUAAGAAAACGAUUCUGAAAUUUAGUGAAUAUGUCAACUAUUCAAUGUAUUAUCUACUUCAGUCUCGUGGUAAGUUCAUGGGCAUGUUCCUGUAAGAGAUUUCAUCCGCAAGAACAUUUUUGCCAAGAUGAUUAUGCUUUACGGGUCAAGGUAAUUGGUUCGUUAAAAGUCGAAAGAUUCGCUGAAGUCGACAUAACACAUGGAACGGUUCGUUUCGAAAAGAUAUACUAUCCCAUACGUAUAAUAGAAGUAUAUAAAGGAAAUGUUUCGAGUUUAACGCAUCUAAAGAAGUUACAUCGACGUAUUGAUAAAGUAAGAUACAUUUCAAGAUUAUAUGUCCCAUCUCGUAUCUCUUCAUGUAGUUUAAGUUUGAAAAAAUCUAAAUAUUACAUCUUGAUGGGGCAAAUACAUGAAGGAUCUUUACAUCAUGACCUAUGCAACUGGCGAUCAUUAUUAAAACAUGUUACGAAGAUUCAGAAAAAGGGGUUGAAAAAAUACUACGCAGAAGGUUGCCAGUGCACUAUUCGUACCUGCCCAACGCUCGAAUGGUGCAAGAAAUCACGGUUGCGAAAUGAAUGUCGCUGGGUUGCUCGUGACGGUAUUACUUCAACAAAAUGUGUUGAUGGAUGGAAAGUAUGCAAGUACAACAUAAAAAGACGAUCUUGCAAGUGGAAAAAACUAGGACAGAAUCAUUUUGCCAAUUGUGUUAAAACAGGCCAGCUUAAAAUAAAUCAUGCAAGGAACUGGUAAAACAUGUUACACGAAGUGGCAGAUUGGCAGCGUACGUACGUCAAAAUAAAUUCUACCGCUCUUUAUUUGCCAUAAUUUGAAAUACCUUGAAAGCCCAUCGAUUAGCAAGAUUUCAUUCUAUGGAAGUUUGUUGCCAAUAGCAUUUUUAUGAAAGUAUUUUGAUUUUAAAAUUGAGCUGCUAUAAUUUACUUUGAUCGAACAAUGGAAUUGUCAUUAACAUGUCAAUGAUUUCUUGCAUCAACAUGCAUGAUAUGUACCGUGGUAUAAGCUGGCUACAUGCUGUCGUCUAUAUUAUAAAUACAUGAGACUGGAAUGUUAUUGGUUAUGGCUAAAUGUUGAAAAAAAGUGACAACACAAAGCACAGAUAUUUAUUACUGUAAAAUAUUACAAAUUAAAACAAUGUGUUCACAUCAAUGAGAAAUAAACUAAUUUAUUUUACUUA